UCACGCCGUUGUCUGCCGGGAAGGGGUGGAGCGGCCCAUUGCCGAAGAACAUGUGCCGGGGCAGCAUGAUGUUCCUGUAGAACCCAUCCAGGAAAAUCCGCCGCGUGACAGGGCUCCCUGGUGGGCCUGCGUGACCAGGAGAAGGGCCUUGGUGAUGACCCUUAGGUCCCCGCGAAGCCGCUCCACCCCCUCCUCGAAGCUGCCGCUGCUGCGGAAUCGCUCGGCCGCCUUGAGCAGGUUGAAUGAGUCGGCGUCCGCCUCGCCGUCCCACCCAAACAGCUUAUUCACCUCGAUAAAGCUAUCAGGGUCUGCAGCCAGUAUGGGUACACACACACACAGAGAGAACAAUGACUGACAAGUCCGCAGUGAGUCUGUCUCUCAUAUGUCCAACUCACCCACUCACUGCUCUGAUCCCUCAUAUACUGUAUAUAAUCUCGACGACUCACCGAGGAAGGGCAUCGCUAUGCACAGCAACUUCUUCUUGGUGCCGUCGCUCUUGUGGUGGCUGGCUGGGCUGUGAGGGUGGGCGUCGGCUGUGAGCACCGGGAGGAAUGGCGGCUGGCCGUCCAUCUGCCGCAUCUUGCCCUCCUCUAUCUGCAGCCCUCGCACCUCAUAGUCGUCGAAGGUGACGUCCUCCUCCGGCGACACGCGCUUGACGGCGGCCGUGACGGGCGCGUCGUUGGCCUUCCGUAGGGCGCCGAGGAGGACGGCCUCACCCUUGCCCUUGCCCGCUGUGCGCUCGCCGUUGGUGAGCUCUACGCAGUGGCCGUCCUUGAAGAGGAUGCAGGCUGAGGCUGGCAU